AAGCUAGAUAUCAGCGAAGUUAAUUUACAGACAUUCAUAAAAUAAUCCGGAAUUUAGUCGGUACCAAGGUUCACUUCCGGUUUGAAAUUGUUUUGAUCUCGCACGUGUGGAAGGCAAAAAAUCAACAAGAUGCGGUUAUGACACACAGCUACAUGUACAUGUAGCCUCGUUGGGGUACUUUGUCUUGGUCGUGUCAGGUGCUUCAGGAAACCGUGCCCAUCCCACUUCAGCUGUUCGAACCACUCCAGCUCUGAGCUUCACUAAAUUUCUGCAUUCGAGCCGCAUCAGGAAGGCGAUAAAACAGUAGUCUGUACCACUUCUGUCAGGUGACAGAGACAGACAAUAUGGCAGAUACAUCAGAGCUGUCAGAGCUAUUAUCACAACUGAAGUUAGCGAGAUUGUCCGAGUUAUCUCAAAAAGACAUCUAUGUAUUGGGUCUUGCUGUACAACACAGUGAUUCCACAGAAAAACUUUUGGCUGCUACCAGUAGUAACCACACCGUCAGGCUGUUUAACUAUGGUAGUGGUACAUUGAAGGGUACUCAGCACGUCACUGCCCAUACAGAUGUGAUAUCUGGGAUACAGUUUGGGAAGAGUGUGCACCACCUCCUGUACACCUCCUCCUUUGAUAAGACAAUCAAAUGCUGGGACAGUAGGACAAAUAUGAAGGAUCCAGUACAGAUUCUAGAAGGCUUUGAUGAAACCAACAAUAUUUUCACCAGUUUUGAUGUCAACUCUAAUGACCGUGUUGUAUGUGCAGGCACAGAGUCUAAGAAUAAGAAUUCUGACACUCACAUUAUUUUUUGGGACAGAAGGCAGGGUAGUCUAAUGGGGGCCUACAAUGAGUCUCACCAGGACGAUAUCACACAGGUUUGUUUUCACCCCGAUGAUCCUGACCGUGUGGCUACCGGAUCUACAGAUGGACUUGUGUGUGUGUUUGAUCUUGGUGAAAAUACAGAGGACGAUGCCCUAAAACUGACUCUCAACUCUGAGUCAUCUGUGGCGAAGAUUGGCUGGUGUGGGGAACGGAGGAAAGACUUGUACUGCCUAACUCACAUUGAUACGAUGAAUGUUUGGGACACACAGAACGAUGGUGAAGAUAUAAUGGAAUUAAAGGACCUGAAAGAAACUCUCCAGGGAGAUGACUCUAUCGACUACCUGGUAGAUUGCUUUGAUGUCAAUAACAGACUCUUCCUAACUACAGGUACACACAGUGGUGACAUUAGGCUGGUGGAUGUGUCAGGUGAUGCCCCUUGUGUGGUGACAACAUUAUCCAAGGGACAUAACUCUACAGUUCGGGUGACGUACUGGGACAGUCAGACUACAAGUUUAGUGACUGGGGGAGAGGAUUCGUAUCUGUGUCUCUGGUCCAAGGAUGGUCAACUUCGCACACCCCACGGGACAGUUAGUGUCGCGGACGGUCAAGUUACACCCUCACAUGGAAAGGUCAAGUCAAAGAUGAAGAGUGCCUCACAUAAAAAAUCAAGGCCUUAUUGAUUAUGCAAAUCAUUAUAAAAAUAACUAUCAGUUUUA